CUUACAUCCAUCAACCCAUCUCCAUCAUCUCUUUGGCACGCUUUCUCACGCUGCCCAAGUUGUUCUCCCCCUUCUCCCUCCCGACUUCGCUGAGUCGGGCAUUUGGUUUGGUCAAAUUGGCCUCUCCUCCAGGAAUACAGGAAUACCAUCGUGAAGUGCACUAUCUAGUUUCACUACUGUCCACUAGACGGCAAAGGGUGUAUCUCCCUGAGGAACGGAUCCUUCUCCUGGUCUCCCGGUUGCCCGGCCCGCAGUGGUGCAUUCUUGCAUUCGGAUCUGAUCUGAUGCGGUAGCUGUCCUGGCGUAGCCUUCACCGUUCUCGAGCCCUGUAUUCCUCUCUCCUUCUCCCUUUUCAUCGUCUAUCUCUCUCUCGCGCUCGUCUAUGUGCUAGUGCAUCCAUCACGCGCCAGGUGGUUCUCUUUCUAUAUACAUGGUAAGGUUAGGUACCCACAGCCGUGAUGGCGAGAGAAAGAAAGAAAGCGCCGGGACCGCCCCGCGCCGUACAGGCAGUGCUUCGCCGUGCAAAGAUGGAGCGAGCACAGCACUACCAGGAUCACAUAUGGCGAAGCCUCAACCCUCUGAAGCAGCCGCCUAAAUUGAAGUACAAGACGUAUUUUGAAUCCGUCGAGAACACGGACAAGAAGAAGAAGCUCGAGUUCAAGAUCACAACCGAUAGACUCCCGCCGCCUGGCUUUGAAUUCGUCCCCCUCGGGCAUCCCAGGCUAUCCUACAUGUGCAAAGAGUUGUCCAGGGACGAGGAAGCCAUGAUCUUUAUUGUCUCUGACUCGAAAAAUCCGGACAACCUUGACCAUCACAUGAACCGUGUCGGGUACCAUUUUCGCCAGACCAUCGUCGACAAGGCUCGUUUGAAUCUGAAGAGAGUUGGGAAGUUCGACCGCAUCAACCACAUUAGCCGCCCUGGCGAACCAGAACCAAUACCGAAAGAUCAGAAAGAAAUCAAUGACCAAGCUGACGCGGUUCUGAGAGAUCUCUUUCCUAGAAUCCCCCACACUGAUCGACGCGAGAUCAUCUCGCAUGCUUUUCGGAAAGACGGUAAUAAAGCGUCUGUGGGCAUGGCCCAGGAGCUGACCUUAGCACGCCGGGUUCAGCUCGCCGCGCUUGCUCACAUUCGGCACACGCAUACGCGCUAUGAUGAACUGUUAAAAGAGUCAGAUUGGGCUAACGCUCGAAAGGCUGUAGAGAAACCAUGCCUAGACAUCAUCGUCAAGUGGCGAGGAGAUGAAGAGACUGGCCGUGACCAGCUCGACGAGAUACUCCGCGAGGUUAUCGAGAUUUCUGACUCCGAGGAUGAGACCGAGGAUGAAACCCCCAGUGCGGACAAUGCGCCAGCUCAACCCUCUAGAACAGUGUCUACAACGGCUGUUUCGGCUUACCAGGCAGAUCCGCAAGGUGUAUUGUCUGUCGACAAGCAGCCAGUUAGUCGGGUUCACGGGCGUGACACAUCCAUCCCGGGUCUCCGGGUAUCCCCCCAGCACAAGAUAAUUACUAGGUCUGAGAGAAAAGCCGCUCGGAAGACGCAGCGCUUUAGGAGAUACGCUGCCGCUGCUGAAGCUCUCGCGGGUACAUCCGGCUAUCAUGACCAUACCAAUGGCUCAAGUGCCGCCCCCUUCGGUUCUAUCCCUAUGGAUUUGACUCGGAGCCCUGGCACUGUCUAUACUAUCUCCAGCCGUGAGCCAACAGCGGUGGUACAGGAUUCUCCCCGUCUGGAGCAGAUACCCGCUCGCCUCGAGGCCCAGGCUAACUUGCAUCCUUUCGAUGGAGCUCCUCGGACAGGAGGGACGACUCCAAUGUUUCUUGACAAUCCCGAGGCUAACCUAUACGCUCCAACCCAUUCGGCGCAUGAUCCAGAUGGCUAUAGGUCCAAAGUUGGGCACCCGCCACCGCGCUUCGAUCACCCACAUGCUCCGGUACUUUCAGGGAGAGGUGGUUUUCAGGACUUGUUAGUGCCAUCUAUUGAGCCUGCGUCGCCUAUUGAAUUCCGGGACCCGCAUGAUACCCCCCGUGCUUCACAUCGUGUGCCCCGGCAGUUCGAAGAAACCCAUCGUGCCAUUUCUCGAGGAUUUUAUGAGUCGGGGAGCGCCAUCUCUGAUUCCCGAUCUCCCAGGGGCAUGCUAAGUGGUAAUGAGGUUGUAGCCAGGCGCCGUGUCGCACCCCACCCUCGGGAACUAGAAUCCCGGGUUGGCCCCGUCUAUGCUCAGGCCCACCAUUUCGACGGAGGUGAAGGUCCGCGCUGCGAGUCCACUGAGUACCUCCCAGAAAUGCCAACCGCAGCCCCCCGAGCUACAGACAGGGCAUUGUUUCCAUGCCGGCCUGUUUCUACCGAGAGUAUGACACGGUAUAGUGGCGAUGUCCCUCAUAGGACGAGGGCACGCCAGAUCGUCAUUGAUGACGGAGUACUCCCAGUACGGCGAUAUCCCGAAGACAAGGGUUACCAACCACACCUUUCAAGGCAGGAGGACUUUGUCCGUGACGUCUCCGUUCGAGAAGAUACUCGCAUGCAGGAUGCCGCCGAUGUUGUAUUUGAUAACUCUUACUCCCGGCAAAGGAACGCGCCCAAUUACUAUCACGGCUCUACCAAUCAUCCUAGCCACAGAUCAGUUCCAUACCCGGAACCCGACGCCUACAUAGCGCCGGCGGCAGACUCGCAACGACACACUACCCUUAUAGAAGCCCGCACGAACCGCCGGUCUGACCAUUAUCAAGACUCCCCGUACGUUCGACCACAGGUUCAUAGACCGACGGACUGGCCUAGUGACGCAUCUCGGGAAGUCCGGCCGUUCUAUCCCGAACCGAUUCGGUCCGGACCGCGCUGCACAAGCAAUCGCCACGACUUGAGAGAGCCCUCGAGCCACAUACCGAUUUGGGCCUCAACCCGAGACCAAGAAGAAACCCAUUAUGCUAAAACCGAUGAAAUUGAUAGAAUCACGAGGCCGCACAUGGCCCAACAACCUGACAAUCAACUCCUACAUCUACGCUAUCCAAGUCAUAAUCAUUAUAUCGGAGAAGAUAAUUUUCCCAUUCGAGGCGAUGUCCCAGGACGUCACGACGCGGUGUAUUUCGACCGACGCCCCUUGAUCGAUUAUUAGUUGAAGGCAUUCAUGUUGUAACUGGCAAAUCAAGGAGGUUCUUAAUAACACAAUGAGAUAUGGAGGCGUUUCGUGGAUCAAAAGCUAGGGGAGGCGGGUGGAAGCAUGGUUUUUGAUACGAUAGAGUGGCAUUUUAGAUACCCACCGUGGGGCAUUGUCGACGGGGCUCCCAGCAUCAUUGCAUGAGUUGGCGUUAUUGGCAGUGACACAUAGAGAGCCUGUGGGACCUAGGUAUACGGUGCCUUCGAUCUAGGCUACUAUGUUUUAGGGAGUUCUACUAUACGCUCUGGAUGAGGUUCAGGGAAGGACACUCUACUGAGACCUUGGCUUAUACUACCUAGUUGCGAACGGAUACUUCUAUACACCACCCAGAGUAGAAGACGUCAACAGAGGAGGCGGCUUUACAAGCAGAGGGACUUCGAAUACACAUAAUACCUACA